UCGAGCGCGUUCCGCGCCUGCUCACGUGAGUCGCAAGCGUCCCCACAUGGGCACUUUGUCGGCACUCUCGCAGCUACUUGCGCCUCGUGACGUACACCCCGGUGGUGCCAAGGCGUUGCCUCCAUGAUCACAUGUAUCUCCAUCCUACCAUCCUACAUCCAAUGGCGUCUCAACCGCCUCCUGCACCGAGGAAUGCAAGGCUGAAGUUUGUUCCGCGGUAUCCUUCGCUGUUCUGCCGCUUCUACCCACGCGCGCCUGCCUUGCUACAUGACCUUUACCCUCUACAUCUUGCCCCAGUUCACUCUCACUGAUCCGCUAAAACAACAGCUUAUCCACACUAUGUACAAGCCGCUGGCGUCGCCGACAACAAUUCGGGUUCUGCACGUUCAUCCUGCGCCCGAAGCAGAUCCUCUCACAUGCAGCCUGGAGCAUUGCGAUCUCGAUAGAAACCCAGAGUAUGAGGCCGUUUCGUACGUCUGGGGCGACUCAGAUCUGUCAUGUUCGAUUACCUGCGAUUCCAAGGUCGUCGCAGUGACUUGCAGUUUGUAUCAGUCUCUCCUAAGAGUUCGGUCACCGGAUCAGCGUCGGACAGUAUGGAUUGACGGACUGUGCAUUAAUCAAAUUGACGAUGUCGAGAAGUCACAUCAAGUGCAGCUCAUGCAACGUGUCUUCCGUAACGCGCACCGAGUCCUAGUAUGGCUAGGUCCUGACUUACACGGCCAAGCCCGAGACGCAUUCGAUAUCUGCGUUACGCUGGGCCAGCGAGAUAUGGAUUCUGAAGAGCUCGAGACUACGUUGACAAGAAUGAAUCUGUUCAUGGACAGAUACCCUGGAAAUUGGUACUCCUUUCGUGCCUUGUCUCAGAUUCCCUGGUGGGGCCGUGUCUGGAUCAUACAGGAAUUUGCUCUCGCAAAGGACUUGCUGUUCAUGUGGGCCGCGGAAGAAUCCCAAUGGACGCUUAUCAACCUGGCGAUUAGUAACCUGUCAAAACCAGGCGUGAUGUGGCGCUUCACGCCAUUCAAUGUUCAGAUACUCGAACCUAUGACUCGAUUGUCUGCAAUCAAGGAGCGGCGCUGCUACGCGAAGAAUUUCAUGGGAACGAUCCAUACGGCCAGGGCAUUUGAAUGUUCAGACAGUCGCGAUCGGAUCUUUGGAAUUUUGGGACUCGGUUACGGCGAUGACCAUUGGGCAGCAGCAGACCCCGCUGGACAAUCGCUAGCUAAAGCUAUCAUACCGGACUACGCUUUACCUGUGGAGCAUGUUUAUCGGCAAUUUGCUAUCCGGGCCCUGCAGCAAGAUUUGACAGAAGACGUUUUCUUGGCGAUUCAACACCAGGAACAGCUGGAACAGUGGCAGCCGGGUAACAUGCCGUCGUGGUCACCACGUUGGGAUCUGCCUCUUGUCAACAAUUUUUCAUUCUGUCACAGACUGCACGAAAUUUGUAAGUUCGACGGUCUUGCCGUAGAGAAUGGUAUCUCGUUUAGAGGAUCCGUUUCUGAGCGGCUGUCUGUAUUGCAAUCACACUUCGACCCGCUCGCUAUUGACACUCUCAACGUGUUAAGCGCUACUUUAGAACAAAUCGUCGCCCUCUCGGAUAUCAUGGGGUUCCUGCAGUUCAGACUCCCGGGAACCAUUUUGGAGAGCUUCUGGGAAGAUAAUAUCAGGCCUGGAGAAGCAGACCCCGGAUACAAGGCCGUCAUGACAGACUUAUGUGAGACCGCUACCUACUAUAUGACUUCCGAAAAUCACGUCAGUGCUUUCUACGCGGCUUCUCAACACCCGGUCCAAAGAUCACCAGACGCAAUAGCGAAUUAUGCAAGACACGGAGAGCAUGCCAUGUUGAGGUCCAUAGCGCAGCUGCUGUUGGAGACGAGCGAAAUUGCAUCUGUACAAGACCCGACCCUGCUAGAUAAAGAAAAGGGCGAACAUGGUUAUUUCAAGAGGUUUUACAUCACGCGUCAAGGCUAUGUUGGGAUGUGUCCAGCCGCCGCUCAGCCUGGGGAUCAUGUCGCCCUAUUGUGGAACACCGAUUGCCCUGUGGUCUUGCGUCCACAGGAUGACUUUUAUCGUAUCGUUGGCGGCUCAUACAUGGCAGGUUUGAACAGGAAGAAGAUGGAAGGCGUUCCUCACCCACUCUACGAUCUAUUGUCGGGCAAGCUGCAGCCAGGAAUGAUUCAGAUCCGCUGAUCGAAAGAGCUGCACAUUGAGUGUGAACGCACUUUUGAUCUGUGAGCAGAUUCAUGAUGGCAUCCCACAGGCCUCAUGCGGCAUGGCCAUUGCACGAUUACGCUUUUUGGUGUGAGUCUUAGUGCAAAAAGACCACAUAGAACCACAAAGUAAAAAGCCAAGAGUCUACGGCUGCGGACGGUAGCGCCCCGCUAUGU